AUGGCAGAGACCACCGAGAACGAGUGCCACACCGAUGAAGAGGAAGACCUGGUCGGAGAGGAGGAAGGAGGCACCGGGAUCCAAGGCGAGGAGGGUGGAGGCACCGGGGAGAAGAGGAAGCGGCCUCUGAACAAGAACGAGAAGAGUCUGUGCGGCUUCAGCAAGCGCGGGGUGUGCUACCUCAGCCACGUCCCUCCCCACAUGAACCCGUCGCACGUCCGCCAGAUCUUCUCCAAGCACGGCGAGGUGCAGAGGAUCUACCUCGUCCCCGAAGGUCAAGGUCAUCGCAAGCAUAGUAACGUAAAAGCGAAGGCUUAUUCCGAAGGGUGGGUUGAGUUUGCAAAGAAAAGUGUCGCCAAGAGGGUGGCUAAUCUGCUUAAUGGUGAACAAAUAGGUGGGAAGAAGAGGUCGUCAUUUUAUUAUGACAUCUGGAACAUAAAGUAUCUCAGGAAGUUCAAAUGGGAUGAUCUGGUUGGUGAAAUAGCUGAGAAGACUCAUAUCAGGGAACAGAAAUUAACAUUGGAGAUAACAGCUGCGAAGAAACAACGUGAUCAUUAUCUCUCUAAUGCUGUAAAGUCUCGUACACAGAAAUUUAUUCGCGAGCGCAUAAAAAAGAAGCAAAAGAACGAAGGAAAAGAAUCCAAUGAUGUCGGUGAGACGAAUAAUGACUGUCCAAUUCCUCGACAGAAUAGAGCAGUUGAGGAGAGAGGCCCUAGUAAAAAGGCAAAGCUCUCAAAAAAUAUUCUGGCCGGAGUAUUCGGUGGUUCAUCAUGA